AUGGCCCCCGGCCCUAGAGCAGCCGGCCGGCCGGCGGGGAGUCCCCCGGGGAGCCGGCUCACCAUCGUGGCGGCUCUGUGUCUGUUGCAUGGGGAGCUCUGGCGCUCCUGCGGCCGCUCGCCGGGACUGAUGAGUGACUGCAGCCCGGCCCGGAGGACGAUCUGCCGGGGCAGGCGGAGGAGGAUGGCGGCGGCGGGGUCGGUGUGUAAGUGUCCCCGGACCCGGUUGCCCGUGGGGGGAGCCAGUGCCUUGUGUGUCUUUGUCCUUUGCUGGCUCUACAUCUUCCCCGUGUACCGGCUGCCCGACGAGAAGGAGGUCAUGCACGGGGUGCUGCUGCAGCAGGGCAAAGCGUGGAGGAGCAACCAGACCGCAGUCACCAGCUUCAGGAAACAGCUGAAAGAUUGUUGUGACCCUGGUCAGCUCUUUGCUAUGACAAAACAGAACUCUCCGCUGGGAAAGAACCUCUGGUUUGAUGGGGAAUUUUUACAUUCUGUCACUAUUGACAAUGCAACUUACUCCCUUUUCCCACAGGCUACCCCAUUCCAGCUCCCAUUGAAGAAAUGCUCCGUGGUGGGAAAUGGUGGGAUUCUGAAGAAGAGUGGCUGUGGCAGACAAAUAGAUCAAGCAGAUUUUGUCAUGCGAUGCAACCUUCCUCCUCUGUCAAGUGAAUACAGCAAGGAUGUUGGAUCCAAGACCCAGCUGGUGACGGCUAAUCCCAGUAUAAUUGAGAAAAGAUUCCAGAAUCUGCUUUGGUCUAGAAAAACCUUUGUGGAUAGUGUUAAAGUCUAUAACCAUAGCUACAUCUAUAUGCCAGCCUUCUCUAUGAAGACAGGGACAGAGCCAUCCCUACGGGUUUACUACACCCUGGAGGACUUUGGUGCCAACCAAACGGUGCUCUUUGCCAAUCCCAACUUCCUCCGUGACAUUGGCAAGUUUUGGAAGAGCAGAGGAAUCCAUGCCAAGCGGCUUUCAACAGGUCUCUUCCUUGUCAGCGCAGCCCUAGGUCUGUGCGAAGAAGUAACCAUCUAUGGCUUCUGGCCUUUUUCAGUAGACCUGCAUGGGAGGUUUAUCAGCCAUCAUUACUAUGACAAUGUGUUGCCUGAUUCUGGGUUCCAUGCCAUGCCAGAGGAGUUUCUACAGCUCUGGUUUCUUCAUAAAAAUGGUGUAUUGAGAAUGCAGCUAGAACAGUGUGAGGCCCCUUUACUCCAGUCCUCUGCUUAAGGACCAUAACGAAGGGCAUGGAGGAUCCUCUUCGUUUUUUAAUUUUCAUAUUCUCCAAAAAAAAUUAAAAGAGAAAGGGGGAAAUAUUUAUGGAUUUGCAGAGACCUUAAAGAUGCUACUUGUUCCAUUGAUAAUGUGAAGGCCAAACAAGAGACACGUCCUUACGCACAGUGUUAUGGAGAAAUAAGUAGCUCUCAUGGAAUUCACUCUGCAUAAUUGUGAAAUUACUGUUGGAAGCAGCACCCCUGAACCUGAUAGGUUCCCAUUUUAAAGUCCAUUUAAUUCCAGAUUAGCACAACCCCCUUUCUUGCCUUCCUUUCUUACUACCUUUCUUCAAGCCAGGAGUGCUGAAUGUCACCAGCUCCCAGUGACUUCAAGGGGCGGAGUUGAGGGUGCUUAGACUCUGGUGAAACCGUGCCCAGUUUUUGUAAUCCCUGAAUAUUGGAAAACGCCUACCUAACCAGAGUAUUUAGCAGUGAUAGUCCAGAACUCUGCAGUUUACAACCAUGUUAAUGUAGCAUUAUGAACUAGAGAGAGUUGAAAAAUGGAAAUACAUUUUAAUGAAACGCUGGCAAAUUCUUUGGGAAAUGUUGAAGCUAAAAACAAUUCAAGUAGCUUGGUUUUGGCCUAUUGUUGUAGAAUAGUAAGCUUUGUAAUAAGGGCUGCUCCUGACCAAUUUACUGUAUGUUCUUUCAUUCUGUAUUCCUUCUUACGUCAAAUGCUCACUGAUCUCAAUGGGAGUUUGAGGCGCACAAAGGAAUGCAGGCCCAAGUUCAUAAUUGACUUGUAGUGCAGACGGUACACAGUGAGUAUAGGUGUCUUUUAAAAUUUGUUAAAACACUGAAAAUCCUUUUUCCUUGAAGCGAUGUUCUGUUUGUGCGAUUAGAUCCCUUCCUGUCUAUAUUGCAAUGCUGUCUGUAAAGUCUUAUUUUUUAUUUUUCUCCCCAGAUCAUCUCUGGUCCAAGAUAUUGUUUGGAAAAAAACAACCAGCCCUUGGGAGCACUCUUUAAAAACUACAUAGUGAGCAAAGAGUAAAUGUCCCUGUCAGGUGCUUACAUAACAUAGUCGCUCUCCUUGAAAUCAGUGAGUUAUGUAAAUCUGUACAUUUCACUUAGGCUGUUCUAGCCUUUUCAUGGCUUCACAGACUAUUUUCAUUUUGUUUAUUCCUUAGCUGGCCCAUGGUCCUGGAACCUUUCUAAUGCACUGUAAAUUAGUACUCUUAUUUUUAGGACUCUGACAAAAAUAAAAUACUGGAACGUCAUCUUUGUCCCAAUUUCGGCUGCAAGAUUAGCCUUUUAAAUUCAGAUCUGCAUCCUUGUUGCUCUCUGAUCCAUCACUAGCAGCUACAAACUGUCAAA